CAAGAAUGGACAUAAGACAAGUGUACAUCGUGUUUAUUCUGAACUUCGUUCACGGAAGAGGUGUGAAAGAUCCUUGUCAAACUUAUCAGUCGAUAAAUAAAGAAAAUAUUCGUAAUUGUUUGGGUGGUAAUGGAAGCGAUCGAGAUUUUCUUGCCAAGAACGUUUCUCUGAAAGCAGUGAGUGGGAGUGAUUAUCCGAAAGACAAUGUGACAAGUGACUAUUUAGACUAUUUGAAGGAUCAUAUGGAUCUGUCCAGCAACAUCACCAUGGAACUACAACUAUCGGACUUCGCGGUUUCCCUCUUCUACAAGGAUAAACACGGCGAAGGAAGAAAAAUGAAGACUUCGAUGAGCAACAUGAUGCAGUACAUGUUGGUUCCAGCAUUCCUCAUGUCUGGUCUCAUGCCGUGGAUAAUGCCAAAGCUACAAAUGGCCGUCAUGAUGGUAUCCAUGAUGAACAACAUGGUUUUUACCAGCGGAUUGGCUGCGUUGAUACGAAGUUAUGUCUUCGAGAAAGAGCCAACAGAACACGUCAUUUACGUCAAUCAUGGCUAUAAAAAGAAAGGGCAUUAUAACUAUGGAUGAUGUUGUUUAUUUGAAUAAAUUAUUUAUUUAGUGA